AUGUGGCAGAAGUUCAACAAACUAGGUGCUGGAUCGUACGGGAAGGUACAUUUAGCCGAUUCUCCGGGUUUUCGGAUUCCUAACAAGGUUGCUGUAAAAUCCGCGGCGCUAGAGAAUUCAGCGAGUUUGAAGAGAGAAGCUUUGUUCUUGAAGAAACUCAAGGGUAAUCCGUACGUUAUUCAGUGUUACGGGGAAGAGGUAAGUCAAGAAGAUAAUGAAGGGAUGGUUUACAAUGUUAUCAUGGAAUAUGCACCUGGUGGUUCACUUAAAGACUUGAUCACAAGUUAUAACAAUGUCAUGCCGGAAACUGUUGUUUCUGGUUACGCUUCCAUGUUGCUAAGAGGGCUUUCUUUCGUUCAUCGGAAAGGAGUGGUUCAUUGCGAUAUUAAACCCGACAAUGUUCUUGUUUUCCCAGCACAAGAUGGCGGUUUGCAUCGUUUAAAAUUGGCUGAUUUCGGGUUAAGUAAGAGGGUGAGUGAGGAGAUCAUGGAAUUUCGAGGAACACCUUAUUACGCCUCACCGGAAUCAAUGCAGUCUGGGAUGCAGGGGACGCCGGCUGACAUCUGGUCAUUUGGAUGCCUAGUAUUGGAGAUGAUGAAUGGCGGGGAACGCAUUUGGAAAGCCGAAGACCGAUGGGAACCUCAGAAACCUGAAUACAUAUCUGAAUGUGGGAAAGAUUUCCUGGGGAAAAUAUUUGUAUCUGUGGAAUAUAGAUGGAGUGCUGACAAGCUUCUCAAUCAUCCAUUCAUUCAACAAAGCAAAUAA